CUCUAUGCCUCAGAAAACCACCUCACAUGACAUGCACAACUCACCAUCUUCUUCCUAAUCUUUCUAAAAACCGGAGUUGGUUUUCCGGCGACCUGAAAACCACUUUUUCAAUGACGAAGGUGUACCCGAACGCUGCUUCGGAGGUGCCGAGGCCGGUCACCCGCGGCCCGGUGGUGACUUUAACAGUGUGGAAGAAGUCAUUGCUGUUCAAUUGCAAUGGUUUUACUGUGUAUGAUAGUAGGGGGAAUUUGGUUUUUAGGGUUGAUAAUUAUCUUUCUGAUCAUAAAGGAGAGCUGGUUCUCAUGGAUGCAUGUGGAAAAUCACUUCUCACUCUUCGAAGAAAGAUGUUAAGCUUAAGUGAUCACUGGCUCAUCUUUGAUGGUGACUUCGGCUCAGGUGCAAAGCCGCGAUUUUCUAUGAAGAAGUCGAGAAAUUUCCUAAACCCCAAGUCCUUGGCUCACGUCUUCUCAAGCGCAUCAAAGACGCCCAUCUACGAGAUCGAGGGCAUAUAUUCCCAACGGUGUUGCACCAUCCUCGAUGAGAAGCAGCAACAUGUGGCGGAGAUCAAGUGCAAGGAGGCAUCAAAAGCGGGGAUAUCGUAUGGUUGGGAUGUGUUCAAGCUGAUCGUACAACCGGAAAUGGAGAUGGAGGUGGCCAUGGCACUGGUGCUCCUGCUGGACCAUAUGUUCUCUUCAAGGUGGUCCACUGCUGGCCGCAGGACUACAGAUAACAGAUAGGAGAAAUGAUCGAAUAAUGCCCAUGACUUUUCAGAAAACGACGUGAAACACCAGGCUCUUUUGAACAUCCUAAAAAAUGAUCAUUUUGCCUUGCCCCUAGCUAACAGUGGAGCCCUAUGUAAGGAAAUGGGAAUGCCACUCACCAACUAGGCGGUCAGGGAUGGAAUUGUCAUAUGCUUGAAAGAGGAGGGUGAGAAGGUUUGAGCAUUUUGGUCAUUUAGAGGAAAGAUGGCUUCAUUGGAGUGAGAUAGGGGAGAUUUGGGUGAGACUUAGAUUUCUGUAGUUUUUGGCUAGAAAUCUUUGGGUGUAUGGUUUAUUUAGAGAAAAAGAUUGGGUCCCUCUUGCGUGUGAGAGAGACUUUAGAUUUCAAUUAUUUUUGGCUACAAAUCUUGGGUUAUUUAGAGAAAAAGAUUGAGGCUCAGAGAGAGAGAGAUUUCGCUUCCAUUAGAAUUUUUCCUUCAUGGUUAAUUUUCGUUUUAAAGAUAGUAACUGUUGUAUCUAUA